UUGAUUUAGUUUCAAUUUGAGUUUUCACAAACAACUAAACGGGCGCAUAAGUAGUGUAACAAUUCCAAAAUGUAUAAAAACUGGAGCAUUUUAUUUUUAGCCGCUUUCUUGGCACUUCAGCUCGUGGCAUCAUUACCACAAAGGGAUUCAUUUGAAAGCCUUGAUUAUCUGUCAGAAGAGAGCCCUGAGAUUGAAAUCUACCAACGACGUCAAUCACGACAACCGGAUGAUCUUGAUGACACUAUAGGAAUCUUAAAUGAAGAAAAUUCAGUAUUGAAGGAAAUAUUCCGAAAGAUUGCUUUAAAGUACUUGGGAAAAGCAAAGAUCCAAUCAGCCGUUGGUGACGGGGUACUUAAGCUUAUUAAAAAAAAAAAAUUUUUGUAGGAAAAUAUCGUUGAAAACUGCUUAAUUAAAAAAAAAUCGUACAAAUUUUGAGCUCAAAUGAAAGAAAUAUAAUAUGUUGGUUUAAAUUCA